AUGAAAAAUACGGAAUCUCCAGAUGUAUUAGAAAAGUAUCGAGGACGUGAACAAAUUAAAAAAUUUUUGCAAGCUGCACGAGAUGCUGGUAUGGAUAACUUACAUGUAACAACAGAAACUCUUUUAGAAGCCGGAAAUGAUCGAUUAAUUGAAAUAGGUUCAUAUCAACAUUCAUUAGAUAAAGGGCAUUAUCUAGUUAUAUGGAAACGUACUUCUGAAGGAAAAAAUGAAUGGCAAUUAGAUAUUGAUAUUUUUAAUUGA